AUGGAUGCAUCUGAUAGUAAUGUAAAUGAUAAUGAAGUGACGCAACAAAGUCCAAGUUCAGAGGAUGGUACCAGUUCGAAUGAUCCCGGUAAAAUGUUUAUUGGCGGUCUUAGUUGGCAAACAACAGCUGAAGGAUUACGAGAUUAUUUUGGUAAAUUUGGUGAAGUAAAUGAAUGUAUGGUAAUGAGGGAUCCAGCAACAAAAAGGGCCAGAGGUUUUGGAUUUAUAACAUUUACUGAUCCGGCAAGUGUUGAUAAAGUGUUAGCUCAAGAGCAACAUGAACUUGAUGGCAAAAAAAUCGAUCCAAAAGUUGCAUUUCCUAAGAAAGCACAACCAAAAAUGAUAAUUAAAACGAAAAAAGUGUUUAUUGGUGGCUUAUCAGCAACCUCAACUUUGGAAGAUAUGAAGAAUUAUUUUGAACAAUAUGGGAAGGUCGAAGAUGCAAUGCUAAUGUUUGAUAAAACAACUCAACGCCAUCGAGGAUUUGGUUUUAUAACGUUUGAUAAUGACGAUGUCAGUGAUAAGGUGUGUGAAAUUCAUUUUCAUGAAAUUAACGGUAAAAUGGUGGAAUGCAAGAAAGCUCAGCCCAAAGAAGUGAUGCUACCGGUUCAACUGAAUAAAAGUAGAGCAGCUGCAGCUCGUAGUUUAUAUGGUCUCGGACCGGAGCAAUUACUUGCCUAUGCUUCUUGUCUGCCUCGACUUGGUACAUAUGGUACAAGUAUGUUUUAUAGCGGUGGAAUUUUCAACGGGUUUCAAUCAUACGCUCCGCUUGCGCCUACAUCACCACCUGGUAACGUAACAAAUGGCGCUGCAGCUGCUGUAGCAGCUAAUGCCGGCGUAACACGUGGAUUUAAUUUAGCCGCAGCUCAAGCAGCUGCGGCUCAACAAGCGGUCGCAUUUGAAGCGGCGGCAUUGUACGCUAUCGGUGGUGAACCAUUUGCGGGCAUAUAUCCGAGUGCUAUGCACCACCAAACACCUCAAUUACCCCAUGCCUUCCACAAAGUCUGA